UUUGUCUUUGCCGGUCUCCGAAGCGCGGCAGGCGAGGCGCGGGGCGGCUGGUGGGGAUCCCCGCCCCGCUCCGCCGGCAUCACAUGGUGCUGGAGGAGGGAGGGGGAGCCGCCCCCCAGCUCUCGCUUCUCGUACAGUUUCUUACAGUCUCAGCGCUCAACUCCGGCGAGGCUGGAGCGCGGUGCGGGGCUGGGCAGGGCGGGAGCCGGGCGGGCUCCCCCGCCUGCUCCCGGGGCGCCUCUCCGCAGCGGAGGCGGCGAGGAAGCGGCACAAGUGCGCGGCCCCUCUGCUGCCUCCCUCCUGCUGAUGCCCCUUCGCGACUGCACGCCAGCCCGGCGGCCGCGGCUCCGGGAGGAUGCGGCUCUUUCUCCUCGCUGCAACUUUCUGGGGAUUGUGCCUGGCUCCAGGUUUGGGUUUGCAAAUACAGUGCUACCAGUGUGAGGAGUUCCAGCUAAAUAAUGAUUGCUCUGCUCCAGAGUUCAUUGUGAAUUGUACAGUGAAUGUUCAAGAUAUGUGUCAGAAAGAAGUAAUGGAAAAAAGUUUUGGAAUCAUGUAUCGCAAAUCCUGCGCCUCUUCGGCAGCGUGUCUGAUAGCCUCUGCUGGGUACCAGUCCUUUUGCUCUCCCGGGAAGGUGAACUCUGUUUGCAUCAGCUGCUGCAACACUCCGCUCUGCAAUGGACCCCGACCAAAGAAGAGAGGGAAUUCUGGCGUGGUGCCGAGGGCACAAGUGACAACCACCAUUCUGCUCCUUAAAAUGGCUCUUUUGGUUUCGUAUUGCUAAACUUCAAGCAAGUUUUUUGCCGUGGCACAGUUUGUCCUGUCUCCUCCUUUCUUCAAAGACACCACAAUUAUUUUCUGUUUGAUUCCAAAUCCCUGUCAACAGCAAGGGAAGUUCAGUGCUUGUGGGGAGAGAGGGGCUGGUAUUUUUGGCAGCUAAUGAAUUCAGUUAGCAGAUUGAGUUUCCAGUGCGCACUUAAAAAUCCCAGCAGCAGGAUACAGAGCUCCUGCCUUUGUGCAUAAUUGGAAACAAAUCCAUCUGUGUUGUUCCUUUUAAGAUGCAGUCAAUUCCUCGGUCAUUUUAAUUUCCAUGGUUUUUAGUUCAUUGCUAAUCAUUAACUUUGCCUUAUGAAGUCAUACUUGGUGUUCACAAAGGCCGUUCUGUGCGUCUGGGCUGGGCUCUGCACUAGUCUCUAGUGGCACUACUUCCAAGCUGGGCUCUGGUGGUUUAUCUGGACUGCAAUCAGACUUGGUCUCCUUCUGAAAAGUACUCAAGAAAACUUUGUUACUGCCUCUUGUAGAAGAACUGCGCCUAGAGGAGAGGAACAGCAGUGGGCGUAGAGACCGGCUGCUCCUUGUGCUGGAGCUCGUGUUGGCUCUGAGAAACUUCUCCUUGUUGGCGUGCUCUAUGGUCAGGCGGCAGCGGAGGACCUGCAGAAACACGCUGCGGAACUGCUGAGAAGAGAUGUUGUACAGGAGGGGGUUCAGCACCGAGCUGAGGUAGAAGAAGCUGUCGGCGAUGGGAAGAAGAGUGAUGUACGCUCUGAAGUAGGGCACAGUCCAGUCCUGCUUUGGUUUAGCAGCAGCCAUGAUCCUUCUCACCUGGUUUGGCAUCCAGCAUAUUGCCAGAGUUGCAACAAUCAGUCCUGCAAACAGAAAGAGGAAGAAACAAGUGUGCAUAUAUGGGGAAAAAAACCCCAUCAAAUACUUAGUAUCAGUUCUGCACUUACUUGUUAGGAAAUAGUACUGAUUUUUCAGUGUUUUGCUUGACAGCUUUUUCUGCCAGUAGCAUUUUUUUGUUGUUUUUAAUAACUGCUGCAAGGUCAUUGCAGCACAUGCUCUGACAAAAAACUGCAUACUGCUUGGAUAGUGCUUCUUUGUACCCGUUGUCAUUUAUUAGUUUUCAAAGUGUUCUUUCAUUGAUAUCUGUAUCUUUGGAAAUAAUGCAUUUUCAUUUUGGUUUGUGUUCUUGCACUUAUGUCUUUCCCUCUACUUUGGAAAACAAACAAAAUAAAUAGAACCUAUAGCCAUAUUGGAUCAGGCAAUACCCAGAAGAGAUCAGAUUCUUGUUUGUACUUUAAAAAAAAAAGUAUGCAUAAUAUAUUUAGUGUUAUUUUUGGUAAAUUUCCUCUUACAGAAGAUAUUUUUAAGUAAAAUAUGUAUGAUCUUUUUAUGGUAAUUAAGAUAUGUUGGGCUUUCUUAAAAAUCAGAUUCCAGUGGAAUUAAAUAAUGAAUGUAAAUGAGAAAAACCCAAGCCUAGUCAUGAAAGUGUAAGCAGUUUCAGAUGAUAAAUUAUGUUUAAAAAUGUGGUAUCUGACCAUUUUAUAUUUAUAUGUAAAUAUAAAUACAUGUUUCUGCAUCACUAAUAGCAUUAAAAAGGGGGUGACUUAAGUGGUGGAUGUCUGACAGUUCUGCCUCUGGAGCAGCGUUCCCGAGGGUUGCAGCAGCGAAGAAACGGACGGGUGAAUGUGAGCGGGCUGACCUGGGCAGGAGGAAGAGCAGGGGGAAAGAGCUUCUACCACUUCUGCUGCAACAUAAGCACUGGAAAUCUGACAUCUUGCAUGAAAUACCAGGUACACAAAAUAAUUCCACUUGGUGCUCCCCCCCCACCAAGCGUUAUUUGUGAAACACAACACAACCACCAGUUUACUGUUCCUACUUCUUUUCUCUUUGCAGGAAGCAUGCCUGAUACAAACAGGUAGAGGGAGGAGUUGUUGCAGGUUGGUUUCCCUACUGCAGAGGCAUAAAACAGUAGGACAGUAUCCCAAAAGUGCAUAGUUUUCACUUCAGUAGGCCUUGGUUAUAUUUAAUCUCCAGUGUCUAGCCUCCUUUCUCAAGAGAAGCACAGAAACGUUUUCAUUCUUACCUGUCUGGACUAAGUCAGCUUGCUCCCAUGGAACACAUCACUGUAGGAAUGCAAUUCUGAAAUAGUACGCACUAAUUUUUCAAGCCAGGAAAAUGAUACUUCAGUAGUGGGAAGACAUGAAUGUAAGAGGGGGGGAGAGGGUGGGAGAGAGGGCAGAAGAAAAUAAAGAUUUUUCCAUAACUGAAACUGGCAGGGUUAAACAGGGUAUGUCCAAAUGCUUUCCACAACCCCCCCAAGCAAGGAAAAAUAUGAAAUGGUUUUGGUUUUCUUUUUUAAUUAAUUUUCUUAAUGAAAGCUAUAAUUAAACUAAUUUAUGAUCUCACUGAGAUACCAAAUAAAAGCUGUCUUUUUAUCA